UGAAACGCCUUUGGUGUUCAUGAUUACCUUCGGUUAUUGUGGUUUUGAAAAUGUACUUUUCACGUGAUUUAAAGCAUAUUCAUGUAAAUUCUCAUAUCAAAUCGCAUUUUUUUCUGCACUAGACAUACUUGAUUUGAGGCAGAAUUCAGUUCGGUUGCAGUUGAGGAUUUGGUAGGUUUGGAUAUCGCAUCCCAACAGAACCAUGAUGUUGAUGCUUGUGUGUGUUUUUGUGUUGUUGGGUGUGCAAGGGCUCCAGGGCCAGGACGUUGCAGACACUGCUUUUACCAGGCUGUGCCGAAACAAAUGCCGUACGGAGCUGUGCUACCUAGCAGACGAAACUGACUGCCGGCGCUUCAUCAUGUGCGAAGAGGUGGCCCCGGGCAACCAGUAUACUGCCACUGUCAUGCAUUGCGCCUACGGCACCUUUUGGGCGGGUCUCCAGGUUGAGAGGACAAUUUUAUGUGACUCGCAAAAAAACGUCAACUGCAGCAUCAAUUAUUGCGAGUGGCGAAAGGAAGGCGAGAAGUUUGACCUUCAGGACUCAAAUUGCAAGAUAUACUGGGAGUGCAGUAGUGGAGUGUUGACUCCAUCGUGUUGCGGCGAACAACGGAAGUUUGACCCAAAAGCAAAAGCAUGUGUGGCCGAUUUAACCUGCGCUGACCAGUGUCCGAUCAAGAAAGUUGCAGACACUGCUUUUACCAGGCUGUGCCGAAAAAAAUGCCGUACGGAGCUGUGCUACCUAGCAGACGAAACUGACUGCCGGCGCUUCAUCAUGUGCGAAGAGGUGGCCCCGGGCAACCAGUAUACUGCCACUGUCAUGCAUUGCGCCUACGGCACCUUUUGGGCGGGUCUCCAGGUUGAGAGGACAAUUUUAUGUGACUCGCAAAAAAACGUCAACUGCAGCAUCAAUUAUUGCGAGUGGCGAAAGGAAGGCGAGAAGUUUGGCCUUCAUGACUCAAAUUGCAAGAUAUACUGGGAGUGCAGUAGUGGAGUGUUGACUCCAUCGUGUUGCGGCGAACAACGGAAGUUUGACCCAAAAACAAAAACAUGUGUGGCCGAUUUAUUCUGCGCUGACCAGUGUCCGAUCAAGAAAGAUGUAGGUUCUCAUACAUCGAUGCCGGCACCAGGUGUAUGUUCUCAAACUGUGAUGUCUGCACCAGAUGUAUGUUCCCAUACUGUGAUGUAUGUACCAGACGCAUGUUCUCAGACUGUGAUGACUGUACCAGGUGCAUCUUCUCACACAAUGAUGACUGUAACAGUUGCAGACACUGCUUUUACCAGGCUGUGCCGAAAAAAAUGCCGUACGGAGCUGUGCUACCUAGCAGAAGAAACUGACUGCCGGCGCUUCAUCAUGUGCGAAGAGGUGGCCCCGGGCAACCAGUAUACUGCCACUGUCAUGCAGUGCGCCUACGGCACCUUCUGGGCGGGUCUCCAGGUUGAGAGGACAAUUUUAUGUGACUCGCAAAAAAAACGUCAACUGCAGCAUCAAUUAUUGCGAGGGGCGAAAGGAAGGCGAGAAGUUUGACCUUCAGGACUCAAAUUGCAAGAUAUACUGGGAGUGCAGUAGUGGAGUGUUGACUCCAUCGUGUUGCGGCGAACAACGGAAGUUUGACCCAAAAGCAAAAGCAUGUGUGGCCGAUUUAACCUGCGCUGACCAGUGUACGAUCAAGAAAGACAUUUGUAAGAAGGGUGUUCAGAAGUAUGAGAUCCAGGACAGUCACUGCCGCACAUACAUGCUGUGCAAUGCGGAACUUGGAGACGAACGCUGGUGCUGCCCCUCCGGCCGGAAGUUCGACUCUGGAACCGAGUGUUGUGUGCCGCUUGAGGAGGCCGACAAGUGCAAUGACUACUGCCCGCCAGGAUAUAAAGAAUGAAAGUAUAAAAUAUGUGCUGAUAAAUUGUAGAAUCACA